CGUUGCGUGUUCUCUGGGCCAUUAAAGCAUACAGCUAUAUCCACGUGAAACAAUUGAAAGGUUAAAAAUGAAACAGAUAUUGACAAUUAUUUUCUAACCGUCGGAGGGUCCCACCUUCGGAGAAAGAGACCGGCAUCUUUUUCACAAAACGGCGACUUGGCUUUAAACAAGUUUAAAUCGGCAAUACCGAAUUUCUUAAAGACGCGCCUACCAACAACAACAAAAAAUCCCACACGGGUUCAAUUUCGGAUGGAGAAUUUCUUCCGUUCGUUCAUUUUGAUCACUUCUGUCACUAAAAUUGAAUAAUGCGAUUUGAGAUGAUCGUUUCUGCUUCCUUUACAAAAACGAAAAGGACCCGUUUAAACAAAAAUAACACGGCGUUUUAACACAAAUUGUUUCAAAUUUGAUCAAUUUUAGUGUUUAUUGUACCAUCCAAGCGCAAAUAUUAAAUCCAACAACCAUUAAGAACAAAGACCUUUGGUUCCAAUUUCAGAGCGGCAGCUACUGACGGACUGCACUACCUCGAUUUGUAUAUUUUGAAAAAAAAACUACAUUAACUUUCGAAAUCUCUCCUAACCAACAUUUCGAUGCGAUCCUACAAUUAUUUCUUGGUGGUUCUAACCGGUAACUGAGGAGCUGGGGUUAAAAAUCAAGCGUAUACAAAGAAAUAAGCUUUAAAAUAUAAAAAGUAUUUACGUCCCGUUUAUUAGGAGCAGCCAUUGCAAGGUUUCAGUUUUGGAGGCGUCGGGCGAGGCAUCUUCAGAACGUGUCCUUUCAAAGUUGGGCAAUGUAACCGAGCUUGGAGGGAAGACGCACGAUGCACAGAUCGCCGCGAAAAUACAUUUCCUUCUGUCCCAUCCCUGUCCGAACGUGAGCCCCCUCCCCCGUGCCGAUCGGCAGGGAUUUCUCGCACGGCCACCACGCCGGGCGAUGUGCGGACGCAGAGUUUUCGCGCCAUCAUUCUUGUAUAGGGCAGAGUGAUUUAAACCAAUGAAUGAAAUGUACAGGCAGGACAACAAACUCGGUCAAUUGGUAGCGAGGCUGAAGACGCUUGAUAGGAUCCAAGGGUCCGGCUACGUACGAAUGAGCAAAGAGAAAAACAAUCCCGCCGCGAUUAACAAUGCAACAAAUGUUCUCCCAGAAUCGGGAUAUUUCUCCACUUCUCUCACACCCCUCCCUUCCCGAGGACACUGAAUAGCUGGGAUUCCUCACGUGAGGGCUUGAUGUGUAGUUUGACCACGUGGCUCAUUCAGCCGGAAUUUUCAGGGAUUUUUUAGAGCCGCAUUUUAUUCAGAGGCGGUGCUUUGUAGUAACGUAGUGUGACAUUUUCACAGCCUGUUUGCGAAAGGGGUUUUGGGGGAAAGACAAAAAAAUAGUUUUUUCCCUCUCUCCGCAGCCCGCCAUCCUAGACUGCUAAUACUACUAUUUGUUCUGGGAAUUUAUUUUAUUUCUUUUGAGGACUCUUCUUCCUCAGAUUUAUAUUUAGUUCGACCGAUUGUUUCUCCGGAGGGGAAGAUAAAGAAGGGAAAGAUCUUUGCUUUUUGCAGUUUUAGCAACAUGAACAAGCUCUAUAUUGGGAAUCUUACCGAGAACGUAACCACUGUGGACUUGGAAAGUCUGUUCAAGGAAUGGAAGAUCCCCUUCACCGGACAAUUCCUUGUGAAAACUGGUUAUGCGUUUGUCGACUGCCCAGAUGAUAACUGUGCUAUGAAGGCUAUAGAUACCCUGUCAGGUAAAGUGGAACUGCACGGAAAAUCUAUAGAAGUGGAGCACUCCGUUCCCAAACGACAAAGAAGUCGGAAACUCCAGAUCAGGAAUACCCCUCACUUGCAGUGGGAGGUCUUGGAUGGUUUAUUAGCUCAGUAUGGUUCAGUGGAGAGUUGUGAGCAAGUAAACACAGAAACAGAAACUGCAGUAGUGAAUGUUACAUAUUCUACCAAGGAACAUGCUAGACAAGCAAUUGAAAAACUUAAUGGCUAUGUGCUGGAGGAUCACUCGCUUAAAGUAACCUACAUCCCUGAUGAGAUGGCUGGCCAACAAAGUUCACAGCAGCCACCAUCACAAGUUCGGCGUGGUUUUGGACAACGAGGUCCACCCCGGCAAGUGUCUCCCAGUGGUAUAGUUAGGCCAAAACAGCAGCAGUCUGAUGUUCCUUUGCGAAUUGUAGUUCCAACUCAGUUUGUUGGUGCCAUUAUUGGGAAGGAAGGAGCCACAAUCCGAAAUAUCACAAAACAAACACAGUCAAAGAUUGAUAUUCAUCGCAAAGACAAUGCGGGUGCUGCUGAGAAACCAAUAAGUAUUCACUCAACACCAGAGGGGUGUUCGGCUGCUUGCAAGAUGAUUAUGGAAAUCAUGCAGAAAGAAGCUCAGGAUACAAAAUUCACAGAAGAAAUACCUUUAAAAAUUUUAGCACACAACAAUUUUGUUGGACGACUCAUUGGGAAAGAAGGAAGAAACCUAAAAAAAAUCGAGCAAGAUACAGACACUAAAAUCACCAUUUCCCCUUUACAGGACUUGACGCUUUACAACCCAGAGAGGACCAUUACAAUAAAAAGCAGUAUUGAAGCAUGUUCCAAAGCUGAAGAAGAAAUCAUGAAGAAAAUUAGGGAAUCCUAUGAUAAUGAUAUGACAGCUAUGAAUCUUCAAGCACAUCUAAUCCCUGGUCUGAACCUGAAAGCCCUAGGCUUGUUUCCUCCAUCUUCACCUGUACUGCCACCACCUUCUGUGCCUCCUGCUGCUUAUCCUCCAUUUGGGCAACAGUCCGAAUCUGAAACCGUUCAUGUCUUCAUCCCUGCCCUGGCUGUAGGCGCAAUUAUUGGCAAGAAAGGGCAACAUAUCAAACAACUUUCCCGCUAUGCGGCAGCUUCCAUUAAGAUCGCUCCUGCAGAAGGUCCGGAUGCUAAACAACGGAUGGUGAUUAUCACAGGCCAGCCUGAAGCUCAGUUUAAGGCUCAAGGAAGAAUCUAUAGUAAACUGAAGGAAGAGAACUUCUUUGGACCCAAAGAAGAAGUGAAAUUAGAGACCCAUAUCAAAGUGCCAUCCCAUGCUGCUGGGAGAGUUAUUGGGAAAGGAGGCAAAACGGUAAAUGAGCUUCAGACCUGACAAGUGCAGAAGUGGUGGUUCCUCGGGAUCAAAUGCCGGAUGAAAAUGAUCAGGUUAUUGUAAAAAAUAACUGGUCACUUCUUUGCAAGUCAGCUUGCUCAGCGAAAAAUUCAAGAAAUUUUGUCCCAAGUAAAAAGACAACAGCAGCAGAAAAUUGUGCAGAGUGGACAGCCCCAACCACGAAGAAAGUGAAAGGUUCAGGAUCUCCAAUCUACCACAGAGACAGAUGCCAGACCAAAGAGAGAGACAGACUGUGUAAUCACAGCCAGUUAAACCUGUUGCUGAUAAAAGAAGCAUAUGUUACACCUUCCCCAGUCACCUAUUUCAAGGACCAGGCAACCUAUGAAUUCUGUCUUUGUGUGAAUGUAUUCUUUAGGCGUUCAAGAAGAAACCUUGUGAAACCCAGCUUUAAAUUGGGCCCUUUCACUUCCCUUCUUUUGUUCUACUUUCAAAACUUUAUGUUGCCUUGUUAGCUUUCCCAAAAUUUUUGAAUAUGUUGGGUUUAAUGAAGCUUUCUCUUCUAAUUUUCACCAGUUACAAAAAGGCAUUGCUCUUAUAGUUCCAAUUGUCAUAAAAUCCUGGAGUUUUCAUGGGAAGGGGUUAAGGGAAUUGGCAAGAUUAAGGCAUCUGUCCCACCAUGCAAAAUUGCUUUUUGUUUUAAAUUGGAUUAUUUUACAAAGAUUACUAGAACACUGCCAUUUAGAACCUAAGGGAAGUGUUGAAUGGUGUUGGCCAGGGCAUGAAUUGAUUAUGCAUUUUACGAAACUACCUCAGGCAUUUAGUACCUCAAUUGUUCCUUUUUUCUGCUUAUUUUGUAUACUUUAUAAAAGUAAUAGUCAAGCAUUUUAUUUUUUUAAUAAAAAAGUAAAAUUUGAUCAGCUAAAAGCCAGUAGCAGCACAGAACUACAGAUGUAAAUGUGUUGCUUCUAGCUGCUAGCUGAUGGGAGUAUUCGAUAAAUGAUAUUAGCCUCAGUUUUCCUGAGGUCCACAACACCAUCAUUUGAUCAAAAUUCUGUGAAUGUUUGAGACGCCGAAAAAUGCCAAUAUAUAUACUAAUAGCAGCAAUGCCAUUUUUUUUUCUUUUUAAGAUAGGAUGAAACUGCUAAUUUCCUAUUUUUUGAUUGAUGGUACUUUUGGGAACAAAACAAGGAAGUGAUGGCAAGAGGCUGGGGUUGGGGAAAGAGGCUAAAAAAUGGAUUAGCUUUUAGUAUAACUGGGUAAUUUUAAAUGCAUGGACCCUUGGUGCCUUUGACCAUCACUGCAUCUUGAUGCAUAAUAACGCGGUCUACUUGGACUUGGCCAUUCUGUUCAAAGAGCAAGCUUCAUCUUCAGUUACUGGUAGAGCUAUUUGGAUCUGCCUGGGUACACUUUGGCUAACUUUGCUAUUAGUGCACUCUGAAUUUAUUGAAUCACACAUUUAAAUCACCAUAAUGGGGAGAAGAAAAGUCAAAUAUUUGAUCAUUCUGAAGUUCUUAAAUAAUAGUUUACAUAUGCAGCUGCUGUAGUGGACUACACUAAGCCAUGGAGAAGACUAUCAGUUUCAACUCUUUCCUGCACUUAAUGAAAAUGCAGCAGGGUUUAUGCACGUUCUAUAAAUAACCAGUAUAGCAAUAAUAUGUUAAAGCCAGAUUGAUAGCUAGAAAAUACCUUGGUCACCCUCCCAGCAUAUAUAGUCUGAACAGAAUAAGCUAAAAUAACUUGUGGUAACAUUGAAAUGCUCCAGUCAGUUUCCUGAGUGAACCCAAUUUCCAUCUACCUCAGUGCUUUAAAUGAAGGCAGUGCAUAUUAGGUGCAUAAACACUGCUGUGUGUGGUCUGAGCAGAGCCAUGCUAUUACCUCUGAACCUUUUUUGUGAUUUAUUUUUUGUGCAUGAGAUGAUCAGAAUCAUCAUGCUGCACUGAAGUAGAGGGGCACAACUUGGCAAAACCAUUUACUUCAUCAAUUUUUGAUCUACCUCUUAGAUACAUUUGAAUUAGAGGCAUUUCUGCAUAGGAUAGGUUGAUUGUUCCCAGAGAUCAUUUUUUUGUACAGAUUAGACAAUUUAAAAAUGGUCUGGUGUGUUUUUUUUUGCCUACAUAUAUUCAUUACUAAUGAAAAAUUCUCAAAGCUUAUGUUGUAGCUUUAGCAAAAUGGAUUAAUUCUCAUUCUUUUGGCAGAGUGACUUCUCCAUGUAGAGUUAGCAAGUGUUUUUCUUACAUAAAAUUACUGAACUACAGAAGGUUGUUUAAUAGCUUAAAUGAAUUGACGUGAGGCUGAAAGGUCAGAGCCCACUUGUGUUGUUUUUUCUUGCGAGUAACGUUUGACAAAUUGAUUUUCCAUGGUUUUGGUUUCAUUGCUGCAUUUACAUUGCCUGAUCUGCUGCUGUUGUAUCAUUAAUUUUCUGGACUUUUGUGAGAUUGUUACUAGGAUAGAUCACAUUAAUUUUCACUUUCAAAUGACACUUGGUAAUUUUGGAAUAACUGGCAUUUAGUUGAUGGUAGUUCUGUAAGUGGAAGUGAUACCAGCAAAAAUUAAUUUGGCUCACUUUUGUUCAUCUGAAUACUGUGCCCCCAAUGCAGCCCCAGUUGUCAAAUGCCUCUGUAUGAAAUAAAAGAAUUUAACUCCUAUGUGUGUUUUGCAAGUAUUAAAGAAAAUUGCACUUCCUUUUGCAAUUUUUUUUCAAUCAUUGAAAUAAGUCCAGUGGAGGGAAAGCAUAUUCCCAUGUCUUGCCAGUUUUGUGUAGGAAACAUGGAAGGUUAUUUUGAAAACUUUCAUCUUCAGUUCCCUUAAGAAUUAAUAGUCUUGCACAAUUUUAUAACUUGCAUUUAUAGUGCCUUUUAACUAGUUUCCUGUAUUGGCAUUUAUUUCUCAUUGUGAUCUAUUUGGCAUGAGCUUGGAAUUUAGUUUUAUCAGUAAAAUUAUCUUGCUAUAGCAUAUUUUUAAAAAAACUUUAAACUCUCCAGCAACACACACAAUGCUGGAGAAACAAAGUACAUCGGGCAGCAUCUCUGGAGUGAAAUGAACAGUUAAUAUUUCAGCCAAGACCCUUCAUCAGGACCCUUUCUUGUGUCUACACUUAAAUUCUCUGUUUUGUACACCAGUUCUUGUGCACAAACCUUGUAGCAUUCAAAACAUUAGUCAAAAUCAGAGUCCUUUAAGGAAGAAAUGUCCUGAACGACGAAUGCAGAAACUUGCUUGCAGACUUGUUAUUUCAAUUCUGUCUGUUUACUAUGCUGCUGGGUUUCAAAUGAAUGCAGACCUGUGAAUAAGGCAAAAGAGAGAAACCUGCACUACUGAAAAACACUGUGAUGCUGGAGGAACUCAGCAGGCCAGGCAACAUCCAUGAAGAAAAGCAGGCGAUCAACAUUUUGGGUCAGGACCCUUCUUCAGGACUGAAGAUAGGAAAAGGGAAAGCCCAACAUAUAGGAGGGAAAAGCAGAUAGAUGGUCUGGGCUGAAGGUGGUGAUAGGCAGGUGCAGGGAAGGAGGGGAGAGCAGAUCCACUGGGGGGGUGGGUCAAAGGUAAGGAGAUAAGGGGGGGGGUAGAAAAGAAGCUAGAAAAGGGAAGAAAAGAGGAAUGGUUGGGGGAGAGGGUAGGAUUACUUAAAGUGGGAAUUCAUGCUGUUAGGCUGCAAGGUUCCAAGGUGGAAAAUGGGGUGUCUCCCCCCAUCUAUACCCAUCACUAUCUCUUCCCUGCAUCUACCUAUCACCAGCUUGUGCCCACCCUGCCUUCCCUUCAUUAUCCACCUAUCACUGCUCUGCUUUUCCCUCCUAUAUAUUGCUGCCUGGCCUGCUGCAUUCCUUCAGCAUCUGUAGUCUUUUGUUUCGCUAAGAAACCCUCACCACUUUGAUGGCCCACAGUGUGUUCAGAAAUUUUGGUGAAGCUUCAGGCCAACAAGACUAGAUAAGUUGACUGCAGAUGGUGACUUGGUGUCUGCCAGGUAAAAUUUGCCACCAGAUAACAAGGUUAGUCCAAUUGCACUGUCCUGUUGUUGUGUCCACAAUCUGUUGAUCAGAACUUUAAGUAUCUCGUUACCUGGGGGUAUCUGUCUUUUAAUGGGUACAUUAAUGAAUCUUGUUCUGGUGCCCUCCAAGUUUCCUUUUUUUUUAACAUUGAAAGCAAUUUCUGUUUACAAAUGUUAAGCAAAAACUAAAUUACUACCACAAGUUUCUUGUAAGUCAAAUCUUGUUUGACUGGAUAGCC